CAGGGGGAAAAACACGACAAAAAUAAAAAAUUGUGAUUGUAUAAAAAGUUCCUAAAUGAUAUUGACAUUAUUAUUAUUUAAAUAAAAAUUAAUUUUUGUCAUUAAUAUCCGGGAAAUAAGUGGACUAUGUUUAUUAGUAAUCGAGUAAAUAAAGCAAAUUAAGAUGAAAUAUUCCACAUCACCGCCAGUAAGUAGAUGUGCAUCUCCUAUGUCAAUGAGAUCAUCUUCAUCGCUACCGAUACCUGCCACUUACAGGCAAGAAUGUUUUGGUGCACCGACAAAAUUUUACAAAUACCUACGAAAACUUUUAAUGUUUGAACAAAUGGAUUUUGAAUUUGCUACAUGGCAAAUGAUCUAUCUUUUUACAAAUCCACAGAAAGUUUAUAGAAAUUUCAGAAGUAGAAAGCAGACAAAAUCGCAGUUUGCCAGAGAUGAUCCAGCUUUUCUUGUGUUAUUGACGUUCUGGCUGUUCGUUUCAUCCGUUGGCUUUGCCAUUGUUUUAGGUUUAGGAUUUUUCCAAUUUCUCGCGUUUCUAUUUUACGUGAUCAUAGUCGAUUGUAUUGGAAUUGGAGUCAUAGUCGCUUCGCUUUUUUGGUUUGUGACAAAUCGAUAUCUUCGAAUAGAUAAAACUCAGGACGUUGAAUGGGGCUAUUGUUUCGACAUUCAUAUAAAUGCUUUUUUCCCACCUCUCAUAAUUCUUCAUUUUGUUCAACUAUUUCUAUACAAUGGUUUCAUUAUUCACGAUGGAUUUUCCUCUCGCUUUCUUGGAAAUACUUUUUGGAUGAUUGCUGUUAGUUAUUACAUUUAUAUAACAUUCUUAGGAUACGCUAAUGUAGAGAUUCUUUCUAAAACACAUGUAAUUUUAUCAGCGUUACCGAUAGCAUUUCUCCUUUACGUAACAACAUUAGCUGGAGGAAUAAAUAUUACCCGAAUGAUAAUGAAUUUCUAUUACGACAGAGUCGUGUAGUUAGUGUAAAUAAAUAUAUUUUUUUUUAUAACGCAAAAAUCUAAUUUCACAAAUAAAUAAAAAUUAAGUGGUGAACAAUGGAAGAAAGUCAAUAAAAUUGAAAAUUUCAUUUUGUCAAAUUUCUCAUAUAUUUAAAUAAUUGUGUAAACAUAUCGUUGAAUGACAUAAAAAUCAUUUGUAUAUAA